AUUUAGUCAUGUGACUGGACAAAAUGGCGGAUAUAUUAGCAACAUACUUACUUGCGUUCGGUAUUAUUGGAUUUGCCGCCACAGAAGCACCUACAAAUAUUAAAUAUGAACCUAACUGGGAUUCACUAGACUCUAGGCCUUUACCUCUUUGGUACGACCAAGGGAAAAUUGGAAUUUUCAUUCAUUGGGGUGUUUUUUCAGGUUGGGCCAAAAUUAAAUUUAAAAGUGUGUUAUGUUAGUACUGUUAGAGUUAGAGUUAGAGUGUUCGUCGUAAUCGUAGAGCCUGCAUUAAUUUUACGUCCUAUUUACUAACUAAUCACUAUACUGUCUAUUAUAAUUUUUUUAAAAAUUAUUUUUUGCUUUCAAAUUUAAAACAAGAAAUUAACUUUUUAUUUGCUCCCAACCAAUCUAAAAUUAUUUAGACUCAAGGUGAAUAUAAAUUAAAUUAUAAAUAAUUAUUAGCUUAGCACCUGUUCAAAUUAAGGAAAAGUAUUAAUAAUUCUAAAAGUCUAAGUACAGUAUUGAGUAUAGUAUCUAAGUAUAGGCAUGUUUUAUUACUAUUAGUAAUCUGGGUUACCCUAGCCGGGCUGAUUCUUAAUGUUCUCCCCAUGAUGUCAUUUGCGUGUUUAUUAUAGUUGCAUUGAAUUAGGGUUUAGGUUAGGUUGAGGGAUCGAUUUAGGGUUCAGGUUAGGCAUAUUUAAUAUUUAAAUUUAGGGUUCAGGUUAGGCAUAGGGAUCGAUUUAGGGUUCAGGUUAGGCAUAGGGAUACAUUUAGUUUAGGUUUAGUGACACAAUUAACAGGUUGUGUCAACCAAGAUGGCUGAUACCCUGGGGAGAUCUCUCAUAAUUUACCCCUAGCCCUAAUCUACUGAAAUUAGCGCUUUAUCUUAGAUUACUAUCUUUCCUAAAUUAAGUGAUAUAAAUUCAACAUUAUUAUAAGCAUACUAAAUAUAGUUACUGCUCUAUCUAACUAUCCCAAUAGAAGUGUAUAGACUAGAAAAAGAAAGGUAUAGGUAGGCUAUUCAAAAUGUGUGUCUUUAACUUUAGCAGAUCCGUUUACCCUCAAACUCUUAAAAUCGUACAAUAUCAUAACAAAAUCUUUCAAUACAUUAUCUAAUGGUAAAAAAAUAAACAUACAAUACAUAUAAUUUAUACACCUCAUAAUUGUACAGUACCGGUACGCAAAAAUCAUAAGAGUAAACAGGUCUGCUUUAGACUACUUACUAUUACCGGCCGGUCCUUAAAAGCUUAAUGGCCAUAGAUGUUAACACUUAAACCCCUCUUAUAUUAUAAUUAUUAGUCGCUUAAAAUUAAAAAGUGAAUAUUCUUUAUUAUAUCUCAGUUAAUAAAAUAUUAUAGAUAUUUAAUAGUGUUUAUUUCAUUUUAUUAUAUAUAAAUUAUAUUAUACCGGUAUAUAUUUUAAAAUUUUAUUUUUACUUCCCUUUAUUACUUUAUAAAUUCAUAAUGAAUGACACGCCCGGCUAUGAAGUGAUCUAGGCCUAUCUCAUUAAAUUCAUUAAUGAAAAUUGUAAAUAAAAAAUUAAAAAACUUAAUUUAAAAAUUCAAUGCUGAAUCAUAAGAUUAUAAAUAGUGAUGUGUGUACAUGUCAAGUCUUGUUCCACAACAUACCUGCACUUGUGUUUAAGUAGCUUUAUGCUUAUAUUAAGCAUUAAGUCCAUGCCUGCCUGAUUUAUCAAGCUUGGAGGGGGGGGCGUAUUUAUUUUGAUAUUUAGGUCAAUAAUAAGAUGUCAUGGUAUAUUUUGGGAAAAAAACCAACAUUGACAGUUUCUGCAAUCCUAUGCCUAUUCAAACAAUGGAAGGAGCUGUGAACUGUCAUACUCAUAACCCAAACCUUUAUGAUUAGCCAAAAUAAGUCUUCAUAUAGCAAUGAUAGUUGUACUUAAAACAUAUUAAAAACACUGUUCAUAUAAUUCUUAAUAAAUCAAAGUUACAUUUGUCAAAUUAAUUGAUACCGGUAAAUAAUAUUAUUACUAUUAAUAAUAAAAUUAAUAGUACCCCCUCCCCUCUUCUUUUUAUUAAAAAAAAAUGUGUUUAAUUAUUAUUACUGCUCAGUAAGUAGUGAAUGUUACAAAUGCAUUAUUUAGUGUUGGUUUAAAGAACUAGUGAUUAUAUUAACCUUUGAGUUUGAGCCCAGUUUAUUAAUUUUAUCAGUUCCAAGUUUUAGCAGUGAGUGGUUCUGGUAUCACUGGCAAGGUCCUAAACAAUGGCCAUCGAUUUUAAAUUUUAUGGAUAAAAACUACCCGCCUGGUUGGACAUAUGCUGACUUUGCUGAACAGUUUGACACACCUGCAGGAAUAUACAACCCUGACCACUGGGCAGAGAUAUUUAAUGCAUCAGGAGCAAGGUACGGUACUAAAAUGGGUUGAAGCCAAAGGUUGGGCUGAAUAUUUGCUUAUAUGUAUUUACUUCAAAGCUGAAAAAUGCUAUUUUUAGAGCUAAUAAUUAUUGUUUUCUGCAAAAAAUGUGGGACAAUCCAAUGCCACUAUUUGUUCAACCUGCUAAUGGGUAAUAAAGAAUUAAUUCUAUGGAACUAUCUAAAAAUUAUGAAUAAAGCAAGGCUCUGCUAUUUUGACAUAUUUAAUGAAAGUCUGAACUGACGUAAGUCAAGGCAUAACAGUGAUUUAAAGUGCAAAUUUAUUAUUUCAAUCAAUAACGAAAAAACUAAAUAGAUGUGUGCCAAAACUAAUUAAAUUAAAGAAAACACUCCUGUGGCACUUUUGAUGGUCUCAAUUUAUUUUUUGUAUUAGUUAUUAAUUACUAUAAAUGUCAGUAUUAAUAUUAUUAGCUCACAAUGAGGCGCCAAGCUCUUUAAAUUAUUAGACCAGUUUUUUUAAAUUUUAAUUUUGAAAUAACUGUUUAUAAUAUCCCAAGCAAUAAUAAUGUCUUACGAUUUGUUCUACUUUUUAUAACCUCAUGGAAGUAUUGGAAGACCCUAUUCUGUGAGUGAAUUAAUUUUUUUGAUAAAUAUUCUCAUUGAAUAUCAAUAAUGUUUUCAGAGUGAAAUUGUGAGUUCGUAAGACCAUUUUUUUUUUUUGUAAAACACACCACUCAUUAAAAAAUAUAAUUUAAGUUAAUAAUAUUCAGGUAUGUUGUUCAAGUUGCAAAGCAUCAUGAAGGAUUUACAAGCUGGCCCUCAAAACAUUCGUUCAACUGGAAUUCAAUGGAUGUGGGUCCUAAUAGAGAUCUUGUUGGUAAUUCUGAUGACUCUUCUUAUCUAAUCCUUGAGCUCUGUAUCUUUAAGAUUAGUAAGCAUACAUGCUUAAAUUGUGAAAUAAAACAAGCAUGUAAGAUGCUUAAGAUUGGAAGUUUCUUUUGAUUAUUGUUUUCUUGUAAAUAUUUUGUUUGUAGUUAUGACGUUUGUUUUUAUAACUGUUAGUCUUAUUUUAAUGUCAGAAUAUUUUUUUUGGUACAGUAACUUUUUUCAAUUCUUCCUUCCAUAUUUGCAGCAGACAUAUCUACCGCAGUACGCAAAUAUCCAAACCUUAGGUAUGGAAUCUACCACUCUCUCUUUGAGUGGUUUAACCCAGUGUACCUGCAAGAUGAGGCCAAUGGCUACAAGACCCAGGAUUUUCCUUUUGUUCGUUUGUUUAUUUUGGUUCUACAUGUUUCAUAUGGAAUAAUUCUGUUCUUUUAUUUGAUAACUUUGUCUAGUGGUUUUACACAAAAAACAACAACAACACAUACUGCAAUUUAGUGAGGGUGUUAUGCUAUUCUGGUAUGGUCCUGUGAUGGUGCCUCUUGUGGGGAGGAUAGCUGAUGAGGACCACUAAUGGCACACCCUUUGCCACUGCAGUACUACCAUUUAACACUCUGCUUGGACUUUUCUUUUCUAAACUGUUCUUAUUCAAUACCCAUUUUUAGCCUGAUUUUUACAUUUAUUACCAACUUUAAUAUGAAGAGGGGUGAUUAAAAGUGUUAUUAAACAUCAUUUAAAAUCUUAAAUUUAAUACCCUCAAUAAUUCUCUAGUCUGUCAUCAAAGAAUAGAUCACAUGUUAUUUAAGAAGUUAUUUAUUUUUUCCAAAGGCCCAGGGGUGUGCAAGUGCGACAGUAACAUUAUUGCAGAAAUCUGCAUUAUUGUAACAUUUUGAGAUCUAAAUAAAUAUCUUCUCUUCUCUAUAGACAAAGUCCUUGCCUGAGCUGUAUGAGCUGGUAAAUGCUUACAAACCUGAUGUUGUCUGGUCUGAUGGUUGCCCUAGCACAGACGCCUACUGGAAUAGUACUUACUUCCUUGCCUGGCUGUACAAUGAAAGGUGCUUAUCAUUAAUAUUUUUAUAAGGUCAAACUGUUAAUUAUAACAAUUAGUGUAGGAAGUGGGGUGGGGCUGACCUUACCAAGAUGAUUUAUUAAAAUUUGUACAAAAAAAUUUUGAAAGUUUAAAAAAGCCACUCACUAUUUUAUUGUUUCACAAUACUAGAUCUGCUAUCAUGUAUUUUGUGAUAAAACCCAGCAACUUACAAUACAUUUUCACAAAUGAUGGCUUUUAAGUGAGAGUUAAUAAAUAAGAUAACACAAAGCUUUUAAAAAAUAUGAGAGAAAUAAUAAGAAGAAAUGUAAGUGUGUAAUGGUGAUACAAUUCUAUAUCUAAUAAUUAUUUUGUACAGUACAAUCUCAGCAUUAUUCCUAUUAUUUUAGAAAAAAAUAUAACAAGUGCAGUGUGUGGUGUUACUUGUGUUAAAAUAAUGAACUUAUAAGUUUUGCCUUUUUUUUUAGCAGACAAAAAUAUAAAUCUAAAUAUAAAUUGUUCUGUAAAAAUUUCCAGUUGAAAUAUUUCCUGAACAUAUCUGAAAAGUGUUUAUGUCUUUAUUUAGCCCCGUGAAGGACACAGUUGUUACUAAUGACAGAUGGGGUGACAAUUGCGUUUGUAAACAUGGAGGCUUUCUUACAUGUUCGGAUCAGUACAAUCCAGGUGAGAUAGUUGGUCAUUUUUUUAUUAUAAACUUAUUUUCAUUCACAUAUUUUAAGAAUUCUAGAAUUUAUAGAUUUUGUCAUUAAAGAAAAGUUUGAAUUCCACAUAAACUAUAUAAAGUGCAAAUGUAAAAUUUUAUAUUUAGACCAGUCUAUCUACACAACAGGUGCAAACUUUGUUUCAGAAGUUUGUAGCUGUGCCAAAUUGUUUGAUAUUCAAAAACUCCGCAGGCACUUUGAAUGUUCGCAAGUUUGAGAAUGCCAUGAAACUUGAUGGGGCAUCCUGGGGCUACAGACGCGACAUGAAGCUGUCGGAUGUUAUCUCAAUAGAGCGUCUUCUACAGACAAUUGCCAAAACUAUUAGGUUAGUGGGCUGUGAAAUAAUUUAUUAAAUUAUUGUCUAACAAAGUUGCCAAAAAAUGAGGACAUAUCCCUUUCAGCUGUUUUGCUUGAACUUGUGUUAAAGUUAAACCAUAUUAACUUCAUUAGUUGUAGCAAUCAUAAAAAGUGAAAGAAUUGAAUAGUGGUGGUUUUAUAACAUGCUAACCUCAUUAUUAGUAGCAAUCAUAACAAGUGCAAGACUUGAAAAGUGAUGGUUUUAAAACAACAAAAUCAUUGCAUAUUAAGAUCUUCCUUACCCUAAACACUGUGUGAUUUUGGUAUAGAUUUUAUAAACAUGAUGAUAUUUUAAAAUGAUGGCUUCCACACAUAUAAAACAGUGAAACCAACAGAGAUGAAUGUGUAAUAAUAUCAAGGCUGUCAUGAAUUUAAUCUUGCAAGUUUUAAAAAUUGUCUCUCUUCAAUUAUUUAGCAAAAAAAAAUUAAUUAAUAAUAAUAAUAUUAGUACCAGCAAGUGUAAUUCAAAAGAAAAUACCGGACUAAAUUAAAGUUGUUUGGGGCUUUCCUUUCUUUGCAUUAGCUGCAAUGGUAACAUCCUGAUCAAUGUUGGCCCCACUAAGGACGGCACCAUCCCUCCCAUAUUUGAGGAGAGGCUUCACCAGAUGGGAUCUUGGCUGGCUGUCAAUGGUGAGGCUGUUUACAAAUCUCGGCCCUGGCUUCAUCAGAAUGACACUGUCACACAGGGUGUAUGGUGAGUACUGUCACACAGGGUGUGUGGUGAAUACUGUCACACAAAUUUUUACACAAGGUGGAUGGUAAGUACUGCUACACAAGGUGCAUUGUGUAUGUACUGUUGCACACAGUGCAUGUUGAGUGCAGUCACUCAAAGUGAAUGGUUAGUAUUAUUUAUUAUCCAUAAAAAUAUAGUAAUUUCUUAAAAAGAAUAACUGUUUAAAUAAAGAAAAAUUGAAUGUAUGGAAAGGCGUUGACAGGCUAAGCCAGUGGCUCCAAAACCUUUUCUAUUCUUGGUGUCGUAUUUCAAAUUGUACUAACUCCAUAGGAAAAUAGGCAUUGAGUUUCAAAUGGAAAUUUUUUAAUGAAAAUUUUAUAUUACUUUGCGGCAAUCCCUGAGGGAACCAAAGCUGCCCAGGGCACCACAGCACACACUUUAGGAACCACUGGGCUAGGAAAAUCAUCACUAAUCUCUGUAUAAGCUGCUGGCCUAUAAGUUUUGUAUUUCAAUUAUAUUAUUGUCAGUUUAAGUUAUAAUUUAUAAAUAUCAUUGUUUUAUAGUAUAUCAAAAUUUGUAUCUCAUAAAAAUCUCCAUAUAUUUUAAGGACCUAUUUUGACUAUUUAAAAAAACAACACUAUCAAGAGAAAACUUUCCUCUUAGAAAUGUUCUUACUUGAUCAUUCCAGGUACACUCAGCGUGAAGAACUAAAUGCUGUCUAUGCUUUUGUCUUUACAUGGCCUGAAAAGGUCUUGAAACUCAGCGCUCCUUUCUCAACUCCUCAGACCAAAGUAACCUUACUUGGUUCAUACACUGCAGAAUUUAAUUACACCUAUUCGCCGAGUGCUGGCUUAUUUAUCGACAUACCUCCCAUUCCUUUUAACCGGAUGCCUUGUGAGUGGCUGUGGGUUUUUAAGCUAACUAAUGUUAAAGGAUAAUUAGUCAUCUUAAAUUUUCUUCUUCCUUUUUAUGAAAUUUGUAAAAAGUUUCAUUUUCAUAUGUUUUAUUUUUCUGACAAUGUUACUCUGUUUGGUAAUAAAAAUUAUGUGUUGCCAUAAUACUCAAAUUUGAUGAAGUUUUCUGAGAAUCGUAAAUAAUAAUUUAAAAAAAAAAAGAAAAAUUAUUGCAAAUGAUUUCUAAAUAUUUAGCCAUAAGGGUGACAUUUUGUUUUUGCUCAUACUUAUAUGAUCAUUGUACGGACAAAAAUUUUAAAUACCAUAUUAUUGUUUUUUUGAAGUCCAAUGCAUAAAUUUAAGAUCUUCUUGAAACAACUGCUUUCAAAUGUUCCUAAAAUAAAAUGCCAGAUUUCUGUUUGUGAUUUUGUAUGAGGGUACUUACAAUGAAUAUAUUUGCUGUGGUAGUGAUAUGCUUUAUCAUACAUAAUAUAAAUUGUAAUAGUUACCUGCCAUUUAGGAAAUGCUAACCUGCUUUUACAAAGAAAAAUUCACAGUUUUCUUUAGUCUUACUUCCAUAUCAGACAAUGAUUUAAUGUACCACUAUGAUAAACAAAAGUGCAACUAUAUUGAACACUAUUUCACACCAAGAUAGUAAGUAUUAGGGUGGCCAAAAUGCCACAUACAGUGGUGGACUGGAGUGUCGAACUGGCCUCUUUAAGAAUAGAUUUAAUAUGCACAUUUUAAGUAAUUUAAAAGCUUUCCAAAUAUCACAGAUCUCGGCAGGGAAUUUUCCUUAUGUCCCAGUCUACCCCUGGUCACAUGAAGUAAUUAAAAGCUAUGAUUAAAAUUAAUAGAUGGCUUAGGUUAAGUUCUUAAUCUGUUUUUAAAAAUUGCUCAAUUUUAAUUUACAUUCCAGUUUUCUUGAAGUAGAGUGAAAUUGAAAUCCACAAUGGAAUGGGCUUUUUUUAUUAUGUGUAUUUAUAUAUCAAUAAUGGUGACUGAUUUGAUUUCUUAAGCUUUAGACUAGACUUUUAUCAUGAAAAUUCAGUUGCGGCUGCAAUUAGAUUUGAUUAAGGUACUAGGGAGAUUAAUAUAAAUACUAUUUUGUAUUGCAUUUUAUUAAAAGACACCUCAGUUAUGCUAAUGCAGGAUUUUUCAUUAUUUUUUUGAAAAAACAUUUCAUAAAUAAAACAUUAAUUAAAAAAAAAAAAUCAAUAACCCAUUUGAUAAUAUUGACUCAGUUUAUGAAUUUAUGAAGCCAUUCAUGUAUCUAAACUAUUUCCUAGUCUGAAAUUUUGUGAUCUAAAAAAUUCUGGUUAUUUCUAAAUGAAACAGUUUUUUUAAGUAAUAUAUAUUUUUAUGUUUGUAAAUAGCUUUAGUACUAUUAUUAUUAUUAUACUUCAUCAUAUUUUAAUUAAUUAAAAAUGAAUGUUAUGUAAAUAGAGAAUUAUGAUCUUUCAGACAAUUCUUGUUUAUGUAACAAUUAAAAUAAAUAGCACAAAGCAUGACAGUGUAUGUUUAUGGUAAAAUUAUCUAGUGUAAAACAUUUGCACACAUUUUCACUUUUCGUUGAAAUUUUAAAAUCCUGAAACUUAAGACAAAUUUUAAUUAAUUAUGCUCAAAUUUAAUAUAUCUACACUUUAUUAACUAUCUUACCUGGCUGAAAUUAUUAUUGUUCUCUCAUUUAUUGCUUACAACAAAAUUGAACAGUUUAAUUAUGAAAUCCGUUUUCAUAUUUUUAUAUACAAUAAAAUAUUUAUAAUCACUUUGGUGAAGUAAAUUUGGAAAGUGACUUGAACCCUGUAUCUCUUUUGUUCUUAAAGUUAAAGCUUUAACUGGUGAUGGUACUGCCUGGUUCUUGGCGUUAUUAAAAAAACACUAAAAAUUUGUGCCGGGUGACUGAUUACUGAAUAAGGCUACUU